CCCGCCCACUUUAGCGGAUCAAGUUUGAAUGAAGCGCAGCAGCCUCGCUCCGGAGGUGCCAGGGAGAUUAUUUUUUUUUUUUUAGCGUUAAUUAUUCCAAGUGUGUGUCUAAGGGGCGCCCUGAUCCAGGAUGGAGAUGAAGAAAAGAAUCCUUCUAGAACUGCGGAACCGCACACCGAAAGACGUGAAAAAACUUGUGCUGGAUUAUUGUGUCUCCAAUGAAGGCAAAAUCGAAGGUCUAACGGAUGAAUUUGAGGAGCUGGAAUUGCUGAGCACAAUCAGGGUUGGCUUGACGACAGUGGCCCACUUUCCAAAGCUCAAAAAACUCAAGAAGCUUGAACUCAGUGAAAAUAUGAUCUCCGGAGGGUUGGAAGUGUUGGCAGAGAAAUGCCCCAAUCUCACACAUCUUAACCUCAGUGCCAACAAGAUAAAAGACAUCAGCUCCAUUGAACCAUUGAAGGAACUGAGGACCCUGAAAAGCCUCGACUUCUGGAACUGUGAUGUAACAAACCUGAGCGACUAUAGAGAAAGUGUUUUCAAGCUGAUACCACAUCUCAUGUAUUUGGACGGAUACGACAAAAACGACAAAGAGGCACCGGAUUCGGACACCGAGUUUUAUUCCGAAGGCUGGGAAUAUGAUGAUGAAGAUGAUGAUGCGUUAGACGAGGAGGACUGUGAUGAAGAUGGCGCAACGGAAGAUGAGGAAGACGACGACGAAGAAGAUGAUGAUGAUGAGGAGAAUGAAGAAGAGGGCCUUAGUGGAGAGGAGGAAGGCGAGAAGGAGGAUGUCAAUAACCAAGAUGACGACAACGAGGACGACGACAGCGAAGAUGAGGAGGAGGAGGAGCGAGGUCAGAAGAGAAAAAGGGAACUGGAUGAAGAAGGAGAAGAAGACGAACCCGAUGACGACGACGACGAUUGAGUCAUUUGGAGGAGAAUUUGUUUGGUUGAAUUUUCUAUAUCCUUGAUCUCUUCCCAGUGUCUUUUCCUGCAGCAGUAGAGCACAUUUGAUGCUCUUUACGGUCCACUCUUUAACGACUUUGCAGACGCGACAUUUUUGUACAAAAAAACAAGGCAAGGGUCAACCUUUUUAAAAGACAUUUUGUUUUCUCACUCUUUGUAAGAACCCAGUUUGUGAAGACUUGUAGAUUUGAAGCCCCGCACUAUAACAAGUCAAAGGAGAGGAAAAAGUGCAGGUCAAGUCGUCGCAGCUGGGACUGCUGCAAGUAACAGUCCAGUAAUCACAUCAAAUCCAGGUGAAUGUGUCCAUCCCUUGUCUUGUAUUUACCAGAAAUACAAAUUCUGUGUCACAGGCUGUCCAGAUGUAAUGGUGUGUAUGAACAUGCUACAUGCUGACACCAUCUUAAGGGCAUGUUUUUCAAUUAUCGCCAAAACUCUACCCUCGUCUAAUCCUCAGCUUUGAUAGUUCAGAUAUUAUGUGUUUCUUGUAAAUAAUGACCAAAUCUAUUUUUUGUAUCCUCUUGACGGCAGCAGACAUUGAACAUUAUAACUAAUGUCAAACUAUACUAUGUAUUAAGAUAUGGAUGAUGUAUGCUACUAUACCUGAAAUGGGGUCAGUGUGAUAUUUCUUGGAUUUGGACUUUAUAUGCAGAUUUUCAUCAAGACUCGGCCGAAGAACUCUCUCUGGCUUUGUCUGUGUUCUUUCUGGUUUGAAAAUAUGCCGGGCGUAGGUGUGGACCUUAAGUUAUGACUUCAAAUGUGCGGAAUGAACUGUUAAUUAUUCAGAUUUUCAUUAUUAUACGUAAUGGUCAAAUUGGCCUAUGUCAACCCUCCAAAUUAUGUUCUUUUCCCAUCCCAUUUACCUCAAUAAAACCAUUUUUGAUAUAA